AAAUAACAAUGGACCAAUCAAAGUAUGUUUCUUAUCAAUACAAUUGACUACCCAUAAGCUCCCUUAUAUAAUGUUCUUUUUGAUUGGUGCAGUGAGCUCAAUACUAAUACCCGCUGUCCUGUCGUGUCUGUCUCGGGAACACAAACGUUUUACGUGGUUGCCGAUAAGGUUGGACUUUUCCUGUAGCCAGAAGAACUACAAAGAGCGAUUUGAUCGUCUUUCUCUGAAGUUUCUAAUUCUGACACUUAGGUUUCAUCAUGGAGUGCAGACAGGGCCUGACUGAUCUUUUGGGAGAAUUGUAUGGUAACAUCGAUAUGUUGCAAAAGGCAAUUGCAGAAGUUGGUCAGAUCAAAGGAAGCUUGAAGACAACGGCCUCAGAUUUGAAGUCACAGAUUCGGGACAGUGUCAGCCGCCAUCUAGAGGCAUUACGAAACAGAGAAACCUGGUUGCUAGGACAAGUUGAGGUGGUUCAGCAUGUUAAAGAAGAUGCAUUGCACCAACAACAAUCGGAACUCAACAAGGCUCUUGGAAGACUGCAGUCACUUUGUGUAUUACUGGAACAGACUGGUGAAGUCCUUGACACUAAAAGCCUGGAAUGUCAUGUAAGGGAAAGCAUAACUGCUCUUGGUGACCUGAACUUUUCUCCUGAAGAAACCAAGGUUAUCAACUUUGUUGCCCAGAAUUUUGAACUUCAAGAGCUAAUUCAGAAGUUUGGAAAUGUGGUUUCUGAUAACCCUGGUGUUGACAAGCAGAUAGUUCCCUACUUUCAAGUGCUUGGACUUGGUAAGAAGAGUUCCUUCUUCACUCCAUCAGGGCCAAGUGAAAAGUGGCUCAUGAAGACCAGUGGUGCAAACACUUCACAACAUACCCUCAAAAUCCCUUCCUUUGAGUUAAAUAUCCAGGACUGGCUGCAGCAGAAGAGAGUGCCAAGCACCAGUACCACAGAAAGCUCAGUCCCUUUUCCCAAGCCACAUCCCAUAGAGCAUUGGUUAUCCAAAGGCCAGUCAAAGACUUCUACAGUAGAAAAAGAAAAUUCUUUGGAAACACCAGAAAACAAGGGGCAAGACAAUGGCAACGAUGCAACUAUGGUAAAGAACAAAACAUCAGAAAUCCAGGGCUGGCUUUUGGAUUCUUCUAGGACGCGUGAUUCUACUAUAAUGCCCUUAAGCCAGUUCAACUACUACAAAGUUGUAAAAAUGUCUGAAUCAAGCCAGUGGUUGAAGAAGUCAGGAAUCACAGAAGAUGCACUUCCCACUAAUCGUACUGGUAUAACGUAUAACAAUAUCGCUACUUCAGGUGUUGAUGAGUGGCUGAAGAAGAAAGUUGAAAGUACAGGCAGUACAAAAUUCUCAAGAAGUAUUAGUACACAGUCAUGUUCAGAUUGCCCUGCUGGAUUGUCAUCAGAGUGCUCUGACGUGGAAUUGGAUGACACCUUGAAUGAGAUGUCUGACCGUUUGGCAGUAGAAAAAGAAGAUGGUGAAAACAGCAGUGGCUCUGGGGCUUCCUCAAGUUAUCUUGCCAGUGAAGUACCUGAUAAUGAUAGAUGGUUAUUCAAGCAGUCAUGUAAAACCAAUAUUUUAGCCCAGGACUACGCUGGUAUUAAGAAAUAUAAAGAUAAUCUGGCUGCUCAAUCUACUCAGCAUUGGCUGCAUCCCCGCAGUGAGCAAGGGUCUGAUAACAGAGACGCUGAAGAGCUCGCAGCAAGUGGAGUGAAGUCCUACAUUGACUCUCUUCCAGUUGGUAAGAACCACUGGCUUUUAAAUCCUUCUACAGAUAAAGACAUAUGCAAGUGGCUGGCAGGUAGCUCAUUUGAGAGGUGUAAAAACUGUCCAACCCUGUGUUCUAAAGGAGUGUUUAAAGUCUUCGAUCAGGUAGCAAGUUCCAAGGAUGGUUGGCUGCUGUCACAAGAACUAUACUGAGAGUCUUUAAAAAGAGCUGAAGGUACCAGUAUGUGUAGUGUUUUAUGCUUCUUAUUUUCAAUGAUAUGUUUCACAGUGUUCAAGACCAAAAAAAAUUAAAGCACUGUAAUUAGAAGCUGUUACUUGUAAAUAAACACUUGUAAUGUGUUCUUGUAUAUUUUUUGCUCCAGUGUCCCUAUGUGGGGUGGGUAUGAAUGUUUUCUGGAACCACAUUUUUUGAAAGAGAGCAUAGAGCAUGGAUUUGCAUAUGUAGACACUAACACAAUUACAGUUGCCAAUAAAAUUAAUGUGUAGUUGCAAGAAGCAGAAAUGUCAAAUAGUAAGAAAAAGGGGAAAAAAGAAAAGAAAAGAAAAGAAAGAUGAUUAGAAGCAGGGUCUUCUAUCAAACAGUUUACCUGUAAAAUUAAUAUGAAAUUUGUUGAAACAACCUGCAAAGCAAGUUACUUCAUGAGUUGACAUCUGCAUGCAGUUUCUAGUAGUGAGAAUUGUUUCACCACCAGAAAAAAUUCUUUGAUUAGGAGCAGGGCCUUCUAUCAGGAAUGCUUAUAAAUACAAAUUUAGUUGAGAGAACCUUUAGAAACAUGUAAUUUUCACUUUGACAGUAACACAGUUAUGAGAAUGCAAUUCGUAGAGCGUAGAGCAUGGAUUUGCAUAUGUAGACACUAACACGAUAAUUAUUACAGUUGCCAAUAAAUGUGUAGUUGCAAGAAGCAGAAGUGUCAAAUAGUAGGAAAAAGGGGAAAAAAGAAAAGAAAAGAAAAGAAAAGAAGGAUGAUUAGAAGCAGGGUCUUCUAUCAAACAUUUUACUUGUAAAAUAAAUAUGAAAUUUGUUGAAACAACCUGCAGAGCAAGUUAUUUCAUGAGUUAACGUCUGCAUGCAGUUUCCAGUAGUGAGAAUUGUUUCACCACCAGAAAAAAAUUCUUUGAUUAGGAGCAGGGUCUUCUAUCAGGAAUGCUUAUAAAUACAAAUUUAGUUGAGAGAACCUUUAGAAACAUGUAAAUUUUCACUUUGACAGUAACACAGUUAUGAGAAUGCAAUUCCUAGAAGUAAAUGAAAUCAAUAUGUUGUAACAGAAAGAAGAGCUAUAUUGUUCUUCAAGUAGAACUUUAUUGUAGGCCAAUUUGCAUAAGUAGUUGAGCAAGUACACUUAGCAUGCAGAUCAGAUUGUUUGUAUAACACUAUUUCUCUCAAAAGACCAUGACAUAUAAGGAUUCACUAUUUUUCUAUUUAUACAUUAUCCAUCCAUUAUUGGAUGCCUUGUGUAGAUAAGCUACAUGUAGCCUGAUUACAUGCCAAUUCCUAAUCAAGUUGGGUACAGCUGUAAGUGCAGGUCCUGUAUCUGGGAUUUUAUAUUACGCAAAAUACUUUUGUCAGGAAAAGUUUGUCUUGUGCUAGUUAAAACCUUUUAGGGUUGUGUCUGUCAAAUUUAAUUUCCACUGAGUUCAACUUUUUUUCAGUUCAGGUGGUUAGAACCAGACAGCAGGAAUUUAUUAUGUCUCUUUUUUUGAGGGGAGGGGGUGGGAGGAGGGGGGUUUGGUAAUGGAUUUGAUGGUUUGGAAUGAUGCUUUCAUGGGACAGUAAAUUAAAAACUGAUUGUUUAAGUACACCGUAUUCUUAAUGGGGAAAGGUUAUGUUGGGGUUAAAUGUAAAAUGUAGAUUAGUUUUAUGAACAUGUAGUUAAUCUGAGAGCGACGUGAAUUACACCGGAGCCUACUGCAACUUAACAGGGAGACUAGGAUCUAGGACGGGAAUAACGUGUACUGGUGCUUGGUUUAUAUUUAUAUUACUACACGUACACUGUAGUAUAAACUGCUAUCCAUUCAUCAAGUGGAUUGUAUGUAGUUAACAAGUAGAUUCCAUGUUACAGUGUCUGUUCAGUAAUAGAUCAGAGAUGACAUCAAAAAUGUUGUAAGGACAAGACGUGGCGCAUGAGCAGAUAGCUGAGUGGGUCACUGAUGUUCUUACCACAUUUUGAAGUCUUCUGCGAUCUAUAACUGAACAGACGCACAAAAACAUGGAAUCUUUUUGUUAUAGAUAAUAAAGAAACUAAAACAAGUUGUAAUGAUGUCAUCGAUAACGAUUAUACGUCAGUUCUCCUAAGUAAGAACCAAUCUAAAGAGAACAAUGUGACUUCUUAUAUAAUUUUGGAUAGCAAUAAAAUUGGACAUUGUUUUUCUAUCA